AUGUCUCCUCUCGCUGCGCGCCUGCUGGUCGUUUUCUGCCUGGCUCUGCCUCUGUACGGCGUGGAAAAGGUGAGAAAUAGAGGGUACCGAAAGGAUCCUGACGCUGACAAGUAUGGCAGCUGCAUUCAGGGUCCGGCAGGCACCCCUGGCAGAGAAGGUAACCCCGGAGCUAACGGCAUUCCAGGCACACCUGGUAUUCCGGGCCGGGAUGGACUCAAAGGUGAGAAAGGAGAAUGCAUCAGCGAGAUUUUCGACGAGCCCUGGAGGCCCAACUACAAGCAAUGUGCCUGGAGCUCGCUAAAUUACGGGAUCGACCUCGGCAAAGUAGCUGUUGCAGGCACGUGUUCCGUGGAUACAUGGCUGUUCCCUGCUGUGCCACAGGACUGCACCUUCACCAAGCGGCGCUCGGACAGCGACCUCAGGGUCCUCUUCAGCGGCUCGCUCCGCCUCAAAUGCAAGAACGCCUGCUGCCAGAGGUGGUACUUCACCUUUAACGGGGCCGAGUGCACCGGACCCCUGCCCGUGGAGUCCAUAAUCUACUUAGACCAGGGGAGUCCUGAGCUCAACUCAACCAUCAACAUCCACAGAACAUCCUCAGUGGAAGGGCUGUGCGAAGGCGUCAAAGCUGGGCUGGUGGAUGUGGCGGUGUGGGUCGGGACCUGUGCAGACUAUCCCAGGGGUGACGCAUCUACAGGCUGGAACUCUGUAUCCAGGAUCAUCAUUGAGGAGCUGCCUAAAUAA